CUGUGAUGACACGAAGUUUUCUUCGUGUUCACGACGAUCACUUGUCGAUUCGUUUGUGGGUAAUUGGAGUGAAUCAGGCGGCUGGAGGUAGUUCAAUGGUCAUUGGAUUGCUGAGGGUCAGUCGAAUGAGUUGAGAGGGAUUAGGAAGGCAUUGGAUGUUGGGAGGAAUUGGUAAUGAAUGGGGACUGUGAAGUUGUGAUCUGGUGACACUGGAUUAGGGGAUUUUAGCAGUAUUAAUCAUGGCCUCACGAAAGAAAGUACUGCUCAAAGUCAUUAUCCUGGGGGAUUCUGGGGUCGGUAAAACAUCUCUCAUGAAUCAGUACGUCAAUAAGAAGUUUAGUAAUCAGUAUAAAGCAACUAUUGGGGCGGAUUUUCUCACCAAGGAAGUCAUGGUCGAUGAUAGGAUAGUUACCAUGCAGAUUUGGGACACUGCGGGACAAGAGAGAUUCCAAUCACUGGGUGUUGCGUUCUACAGGGGAGCUGACUGUUGCGUUUUAGUGUUUGAUGUUGCUGCACCCACUUCCUUCAAGUCACUCGACUCAUGGAGAGAUGAAUUUCUCAUUCAAGCAUCGCCGAGAGAUCCAGACAAUUUUCCGUUCGUCGUUUUGGGGAAUAAAGUUGAUCUUGAAAAUAGAGCUGUAUCGAAUAAGAGAGCGCAACAGUGGUGUCAAUCGAAAAACAAUAUUCCAUACUUCGAGACGAGUGCGAAGGAGGCUAUCAACGUGGAACAGGCGUUCCAGACGAUAGCGAAGAAUGCUCUUGCCCAAGAGAGUGAAGUGGAGCUUUAUAACGAAUUCCCCGACCAGAUCAAACUCACCAACGAUCAAAGGACCAAUGGAAAGGGUGACUCAUGUGCUUGCUAGGGUGACAGAGCCACGAGUUGUCAUGAAUUUAACAAAAACUGGAACAUAAUAACUAUUUAAAAAAUCAUUAAAAAAUCCAAAAAAGAUUGAAUAACGAUAACGCAGGUUAGAUUGUCCGCUUCGUGAGAAUCUUUAUGCGUUUGUGGCAUUGGGAUAUGUCAGGGUUUACGAGAAAACAGCUCAGUCGUUCCCUCGUUGAGCAAAUCAGCAGCGAAGCGGUAAAACGAUUCAAGUCGACUUAGCUCUUAGCUGAGUUUUCGAGGAAUAUCUUCGAAUCUAA